GUGAGUUCUUCCUUUCCUUGGUCGCAUCUUCCCAAAGACGAAACGCCGAUUUCCUGUGUCCGUUCAAGAAGCCGGACACGCUGCUCCUUUUCCGUUCACCGGUCGCCGUUGCUUCCUCCAAUUCGCCUGCCUCCCUCCUGAAUCGAUUCCCAGGAUCCAGAUACACCUCAAUAAAACCGACACUCACCCCCGACAUAUGCUCUAGCUGUGUGUGCAGGUCUUUAUCUUCAUCUUUGCUUCGCUUCUUGAUGGCGUGAAUGGACUGAACAGGGAACCUGUUGACGAGGGCUUCUCAAAGAAGACGAUGGUGAUUAAUAUUUGCGAUAGUGAUGAUGCCUGGAUGAGAAUGAUGGCGUGGUGGCUGAGAUGUAGAAGAUGAUCAUGUCAUCCCUUUGAUUUGGUACAUCAUCUAUCAACAAGGGCAAAAAGGUCAAAAUGCUUUAAUUUCAAGUGGAUGGAGAAAAUAAUUCAGUGGAAAUAUCACGUCCUUUUGGUUAUUUGUGGCCAUUUUUUCAUUCCCUCGUUAUCCUGCUUGCUUCAUCAUGGACUUGUCUCCAAUUCCCAAAUCUUUCAUACUUAACCAAACAAAAUCAACUAAGAAUUACCACCACAUCGCAUCAACAUCUUUCAAUCAUUUCCUUAAACCCCAAACACCCAAAACCCUAAUUUCAUCAUCUCAACAAACCAAACCCAAAACCCUAGUGGACUCUGCAGAAAAUGAGAAGAAAAUCAUCGAGAAACCCACCAUGUCUGAUAUUUUGGAAUCCUCGAAAGCACAAAACCUCGAGCUCCAGCUGCAAACAGUAGGACCUUUCUUCAGAAUCACAGCAAAGAGCUUUGAAACGAACAAAGUUCUGGGAAGAGCGGAUGGGGUGAUAAGAGUUUGGUGGAAUAAAGGGAAGAUUCUUCAUUUGGAUUCCAUUAAAUUGACCCGAGAAACAUUGGGUAUGGAUAGAUCCAUAUUUGGAAUCGGGUUGUUUAUUGGAGCAGUUAUGAUCCGACAUGGAUAUGAUUGUGGGUGUAAAACAGCCGAGUUGCUUGCCAUUAAUGACUCCGAUCUUUACCAUGCCAAGCUUGUGAAGUUUUAUAGAAGAAUAGGCUUCGAAGCAGUGCAUGAGGUGACAGGAUCGUCAUUGGGAGACCUCAGGCACAUGUUGGUGUGGGGUGGCGUUGGCACACGUAUGGAUGCCGAUGUUGAACGCCUACUCAUCAAGUGGUGUACACGAUUUAUUGUUACUAGAGAUUCAAACUCGUAGAAUGUUCAUAUAGUUUUAUUAUUCGUAUUCAAGCACAAUAAUUAUUUCAACCAUUUUAUUAUAUGCAUCAUUUCUGA